AUGGCGCAAGAUACUUCUGCUGAUGGUUUCAAGAAGCCGGCCGCUACAAAUAAAGCGUUGAAGAGAACAUUCACAACUAUUUCAACACGGUCAAGGCUGUCGAUAAAUACAAGUAUACAGACAUUGAGCAGGUCUGUUUCCUUCUGCAAUUCUUCGAAAAGACAAAAAAACUAUGAAUCGGGAAAUCUUACAAGCUUAGAAGUAACUUAUCCCACUCUCGAUACUAUAGAAACAAGCAAUUCACCAUCUUCGCGAUACUCUUUCAAAAUGUGUGAUACGUCAAAUCUAAGUGUUAAGGAUAUUGCCGAGUUUAAUGGGAGGUAUAUUCCUCAAUGUAAGCCACCGAACCCUCCAUCAAACUGUCAACCUGUCCUCUCGGUUCACGCUGAUGUGAAGAAUCUGCAAUCUGCAUUUCGAAGAGCCUCGAUACUGAGUAGAUGGUUCAGUAAUAGUAAUCAAGAGAGCAAUUUGUUGAAAGAAUUCUCUGAGGUAAAAAAGGAAGUUCCCAUAAAAGUCACUACGAUGCCUGCCAUGGGCGAAAGAGAUUCAACACACUUUAAGUUCGCACCUAAAUUCUCAAAAAUGCUAUCACAUUCAAAGUGGAACCUUAGGGAAAAUAUGAUGAGGCUAAGGAAUCAUUUAAGAAAUGGAGUACCCAAAGACUCGUACAACAAGGUCCAAGCCCUAGCUUACAAAAAGAUAUCUUCAGUGGAUGUUCUGAAGUCAUCCGCUAGCCUCGCUGCGAAUUUGCAUAUCGCUAAGAACCACCUGACAGCAAACUUAUCUGUAGAGAGUUACGACUCAGAUUUACUAUAUUAUUUAAAUAACAAUAAUGAUCUCACCGGUGCCUUAUUGUUUAUAUUGGAAAACGAUUUAGAGGACGAAUUCUUCUUCGGAAACUACGAUAAUCAAUUAAAUGAUGGACCAACUGAAAUGCAAACACAAAAGCCACAAGAGUCUAUAAUAUAUUCAAAGUUAGACGACCUUCCUGAUGAAUUGGCCUCUCUUUGUCUAACUUCUGAUGGCUCUCUGGAUCAUAGUAUAGAUAGGUAUCUUUGA